AGGGAAACUAGCAGCCAAGGGCCCAAGGUGAUAUACAACACAAAGCUCAAAUUCAAAGCCUCUCGAGCUACACCCAAAGAAACAAUGGCGUCCCUGGCCGGAGCUGUCCAACUCCUGGUGAUCACGCAGCUGGUCGUCUCCACGCUGAGGCUCUUCCUAACAAUGGAGGCAUGUAGUUGCUUUUGCUUUGCAGAUCCGAUCCUCCACAUCAAUCCACGUCCUUAUUCCCCCCGCCGAUGCCGCGGACCGCUGCGGUAUAUCAACACUCACCGUGGAACACUUAAACUCAAUAAUCUCGAAGCCUUAUUAGUCAUCGAGUUGCAGCAGCGACGUGCAAGGUAUGAAGUUGAUGGCAACAUCUCCAAGGCUUCCGAUUCCAGGUGCAUGGGACAUGAUGUGCUCGAGCAUAUACUUGAUGGCACAGAGGAGCCGACGAAUCUACCGUUCGAGCUUCUGAAGAACAUCACCAGAAAUUUCUCCGAAGAGAGAGAAAUCGGUCAUGGUGGAUUUGGAAUGGUUUACAAGGGUGUGCUCCGAAAUGGGAUUGUUGCUGUGAAGAGGAUUUUCAGCCACCACACAAUCAAUGAAACGUUAUUUUAUCAUGAAGUUAACAGUCUAUUGAAUGUUAACCAUGAAAAUGUAGUCCGAUUUCUUGGAUACUGUGCUUGUACCGAGGAAAAGGCAAUGCGAAUUGAAGGAGUAAGAGAAUAUAUUUACGCCGAGAUAAGAGAAAGACUGCUCUGUUUUGAGUAUAUUGGCAACGGGAGCCUUCGUGAAUAUGUUACUGACGAGUUAAGGGGGCUUGAAUGGAAUACACGCUAUCAGAUAAUAAAACAAAUUUGUCAUGGUUUGCAUUACCUACACAUGGAAAAGCAUAUUCUUCACAUGGAUGUGAAACCUGACAAUAUACUUCUAGAUAAAGACAUGGUGGCAAAAAUCUCGGACUUUGGAUUAUCAAGACUGGAUGAAAAAUCACAAACAAUGGACGCAAAACAUUGUGUAACAUUAGGAUAUUGCUCUCCGGAAUACCUACUUGGUGGUAAGAUGUCAGUCAAAUCAGACAUGUAUAGCUUGGGUGUAAUAAUCAUUGAACUGGUGACAGGAUAUAAAGAUAUCCCCGACAACAAUAAUGUACUGAGAAGAUGGAGACAUAGAUGGAAUAAAUCACUGAAGGAAACACCAUGGUCUUACCAGAAAUUACAAAUAACUAAAUGCAUCGGAAUAGGCCUACAUUGUCAGGAAAGUGACCCAUACAGACGGCCAUUUAUACGAGACGUAAUACAUGACAUCGACAGAAAUGAAGGUACUUUUGGACAAAACAACAACGCUGAUGAAUUUUAUGUUGACCAGGUAAGGCCUUGUUGGGAUGAUGAUAUGCUUGAUAUUGAGCCGCUUAAGCUACAUUUCCAAUUUGAACUUAACAAGAAGAUAUCAUGCCUACUUCAUCUAGCCAACGGUACCACUACUACCAUUGCCUUCGCUAUACAAUCCGUGAGCCCGAUGCCAUACUGCAUACAACCGAAUAAAGGAAUUGUGCUACCACUAUCUAGUUGUGCCAUUGUGAUAACAUUACAACCACAAAGUAAUCCACCAAAGGACAUGCAACACCUGGGUGAGUUUGUCGUACGGAGCGCCAAAGUAAUUGAUGGAGUUACACCUGAGGAGAUAACGUCAGACAUGUUCAAUAAAGUGUCAGGUGAAGUGGUUGAUGAGGUGAACGUGGAUGCUAUUUUUGACAUGCCACUACUACUUGGGGAAACUUAAGUAUGCACGUGUAACACUCCUAUUUAGCAACUAGGAAUAAAAUUUUGAAUUUCGAUAAACAUGAAUAUCUUGUCGUACCAGCUUAAUAUGUUUCAAAGAAACCUUUAUACUGGUCAUGAGGAAUGUAAAGCCAUCUUAGGGAGAACUAUGUUUUCGAGUGAUAUUUUAGUCUUCUUAACUUAUGUUGUUGCAGGACUAUUUUUUCAAUAUCAUUGAGAAUGGUACAAUAUACAUUUUCUUGUGGACAGGGCAUUUUAGCGCCCGAGCUCAGCUGGACCUGAAAUCAUGUCCAUAGGUCCAGGCAUGUUGAUUGAUGAAAAUAGGGGCUGGCAGGUGCAGAGCGAGCUAUAAAAAGUGAGCGUAUUCAUGGCAGGGGUAGAGAACAGUGCGGAUACGGUGGGUCCAGAGCGUAGGCAUGGCGUUGGUUUCGAUUCCCUGACGGAAUGCCGUUGUGUGUUAGUUCCAGCGCGUGGCACAGAAUAGGCUUGAUUGAGCUGUUUUUUGGGGGGAACAGGACGUUUGAUUUCAUAAGAUACGUGGCUCAGAAUUUAGUCCGUUCUCGUCAUGCGCGGCUGCAGCUAUCCAGCCGCGGACCUACGGCUGGAUAGGAAUAGGAAAAGACAUGUCAUUUGGUUCACACCAAAGGAAUUUUUCCAUUGAGUCUAGGCUCAUUUUUAUUUUCCUAUGAAAUAUGGAGGAUAGGAACCAAUCCUAUGUAGGAAUAGGAAUUCAUUCCUAUGAACCA